AAUAAUUUAAAAUCUCUUCCCUACUUGGUCCUUAUUCGAGAAUUAACCGUAGGUCUAGCCCAGAUUGUGAGCGAAGUUGGUCAUGUAUUAAUCAGAAGCUACUAGAUCGUAUCGUAUGGUAACGGACUCAGUGGUAUCGUCACAUAUCGGAUCGUUGCCUCAUGAAUGGAAUCGUAUCGUGUGGAAGUCUGAGGUUUACACUCCAAACGGCUAGACAGCUGUUUUAGUACAUUUUCCAGCCAAUCAGAAGGCAGUUAGCUGAUUUUAUUUCAAUAAAUAUUAAAUCUUAUUUAUAUGCAACACAACCAUUUAAAAUGCAGCCGAUUAAUUUGUAUAUAUAUUUUUGCGCGCUGUUUGUUUAUAACACGCUUUCUAACUUCCGCACUGCUUUCCCUAGUCACGCCCAUUUCAACACGUCACGCGCAUCUCAACCAAUCAGAGACGGGAAUCUCUGUACCACUCUACCGCUCUCUGUUGGCCAGUGAGCGCGCGCGUCAGCACCGAGGCAGCACGUAGCCGGCGUCAGCUUCAUUCACUGCAACCUGAGGCGAGUUGUAGCUUUUAUAUAACUCAACAACGACUCGGAGAAAAGCAGCACAUCUCCUCAGAACCGGGCCGGAACCGAUCAGACUACCGCUUCUCAUUCAGAUCUGUAAUUUCGUGCCUUUACUGCUUUUCCACGUCGAUGUCAUGCGUCAGGUCAGCUGAGCUGUGACCUUUGACCCUCUGACUUCCUCCAUGUCAGGUGAGUCUGAGCUGAAGUCGUACCUGUCAGGGGGCGGGUCUGAAGAGGAGGAGGAGAGCGGGUCUCCCUGCGGCACCAUGUCUCAUCUGCACGAAAUGGGCGGAGCAUCAGAUGGGAGCGACAGUGGAAACGACCCGCCCACCUCCCCGAGUUCCCGCCCACCGCUUCAUGAGGACAUGGAGAUGGGCGGGAGCGGCUCGAGCGGGAGUGGCACGGAAUCCCAUGGCAACGAGUCGCAUGGCAACGAAUCUGUAGGAAGUUCAAGCGGCAACAGCAAAGACUCGGCUCUGUUAGAAUCAUCAGCCAGCAACAAGAGUUCGAACUCUCAGAGUCCGUCUCCACCCAGCAGCUCCAAUGCCUACAGCCUGGUGAGCUCAGAGCAGGACAACCCAUCCACCAGCGGCUGCAGCAGUGAGCAGUCUGCGAAAGCCAAAACUCAGAAGGAGCUCUUUAAGACCCUGAAGAACCUGAAGCUCCACCUGCCUGCUGAGAAACACAGUAAAGGUCGAGCGAGCACAUUACACACACUCCGUUACGCACUGCGCUGCGUCAAACAGGUCAAAGCUAAUGAGGAAUAUUAUCAGAUGUUGAUGAUAAACGACAGCCAGCCGCCAGGUCUGGACGUUUCCUCCUACACCAUCGACGAGCUCAACAGCAUCACGUCUGAAUACACACUCAAAAACACAGAUAUCUUCGCCGUAGCCGUGUCCCUGAUCACGGGGAAGAUGGUGUAUAUAUCGGAGCAGGCGGCGGCAAUCCUGCACUGCAGUAAGGACGAGUUUAAGGACAGGAAGUUUGUGGAGUUUCUGACGCCGCAGGAUGUGAGUGUGUUCUACAGCUUCACCACUCCGUACAGACUGCCCUCAUGGAGCAUGUGCACCGGGGCGGAAUCAUCAGCUACAGAUUUUGUUCAGGAGAAAUCUUUCUUCUGCAGAAUCAGCGGUGAGAAGGAGAAGGAGGGGGAUCUUCAGUAUUACCCGUUCAGGAUGACUCCGUAUCUGAUGAAGGUUCAGGAACCAGAACUGUCAGAGGAACAUUUCUGCUGCCUCUUGCUGGCUGAGAGAGUACACUCUGGAUAUGAGGCACCCAGAAUCCCACCAGACAAAAGGAUCUUCACUACGACACACACCCCAAACUGUGUGUUCCAGGAUGUUGACGAGAGGGCGGUGCCUCUGUUAGGAUAUCUUCCACAGGACCUGAUUGGGACCCACAUUCUUCUUCACCUUCACCCUGAAGACAGACCACUGAUGCUGGCUGUGCAUCGCAAGAUUGUGCAGUAUGUGGGUCAGCCGUUUGAUCACUCCUCCAUGCGCUUCUGCACGAGGAAUGGUGAAUACGUUACCAUAGAUACCAGCUGGUCUAGUUUCGUCAGCCCCUGGAGUCGCAAAGUGUCCUUCGUCAUCGGAAGACACAAAGUGCGCAUGGGCCCUGUGAACGAGGAUGUGUUUUCAGCUCCUGCUUUCACAGAGGGGAAAAUCAUGGACUCGGACAUCCAGGAAAUCUCAGAGCAGAUACAUAAAAUCCUGCUGCAGCCUGUACACUGCAUGGGCUCCAGCGGUUACGGGAGUCAUGGCAGCAACAGUUCCCAUGACCACCUGAACACACCCAGUGAAAGCAAUAGCAACAGCAACACCACCGAGGAGACCAACAAGAGCAAACCGAGGUCAUUCCAGGAGAUCUGUAAAGGUGUUCAGUUGCUGAAGACGCAGGAUCAGCAGGCCUCCGCUUCUAAAGCAGACCAGAAGAAAGGCACAGAGCGUGAGUGCAUGUCAGGAUUAAAGUGUCCAGGAGUGAAGCAGAAAGACACCCCAGUGGUAAGAGGUGGUACUGCAGCCGUGGAGGAGCUCCAGGACCAAACCUUAUACUCCUACCAGCAAAUUAGCUGCCUGGAUAGUGUGAUCAGAUAUUUGGAGAGCUGUAACACGUCUGUCACGCCGAAAAGGAAGUACCAGUUCUCCUCCAACACGACCUCCUCUAACUCAGACGAAGAGAAGAAAGCGUGUGCCGGGGCGAUGUCCAGCCCACAAGGUCUUUUGAAGACCAAUAAGAAGUCUCCAUCUGAUGUAGUGGGUGGGGCUUUGGCUCCUUUGGCCCUGCCCACUAAAGCAGAGAGUGUUGUAUCCAUCACGUCUCAGUGUUCUUAUAGCAGCACUAUUGUACAUGUGGGGGACAAGAAACCACAGCCGGAGUCAGAGAUCAUUGAGGAUGUUGCCGAAAGCCCCACCCCUCCUGUGCCAGUAAGCCUGAUGACUCCGCCCACAGCCGAGCAGGGACCCUAUAGGAAACUGGGCCUGACCAAACAGGUGCUGGCGGCUCACACGCAGAAGGAGGAGCAGGCGUUUCUGAGUCGCUGCAGAGACCGGAGUCUCACAUCGCUGCAGAAAACCUAUUCGGACCGCUCCCAGAGGGACGGGGGGCACGGUAACCACGCGCCAUCUGCUGCCAAACCCGGCACAUCCGGGGCAGAACCGACCACCAAAAAGAGCGGCCGGACCAGAAAGUCAAAGAAACCACGGAUAAGAAAACCCGAAUCGUCGGACAGCGCCGUCUCUCAGCGCAGGCUCCGCCCACCUCUUCAGGGACUGAACCAGACAUCAUGGUCGCCAUCGGAGGCGUCUCAGUCUGCGUUCUCAGUGCCAUACCCCGCCAUGAUUCCCGGUUACAAUUUUUACCCGGCUACACUGCCCCCUGCUGGUGACCGCAGUUCAGAUGCCCGAACCACUCAGGCUCCGCCCACUGCUCCCCAAUUCCCAGCCCCAGUGGUCACACCGAUGGUGGCAUUUGUUUUACCCAGCUAUAUGUUCCCUCAGCUCGGCAUGUCAGCAAGCCCACCUUUCUACCCCGAGCAGCAGCCAGGUGUCGGUGCUCAGCAGCCGAACUACAACCCCCAGAAUCCCUUGCAACCUCAGCAAACACAACCAAACUACACUACCCGACAGCCUUUCCAGCCUCAACAAGACUACACUGUCCCGCAAGCAUUUACGCCCCAACACGUCUACGUUACCCAGAAUCCUUUUCAACCCCAAGCUCCGUUUCAACCCCCACAGCCGUUCCAGAUGCAGUUCACUCCGCAGACACCGCUCCCAUACCAGAUGACCUCUGACCCCAGGCUUCCUGUUCCCGAAUCGGCUGAGGUCCCUUCCCCGUCUCCUCUCUCUUGCUCUCCGCCGCUGUUCGGGUCUCACUGCAGCUCUCCGUUACAGCUGGACCUGCUGCAGCUGGAGGACAAAGCGGACUCGCACAGCACGACGCCACUGUCAGGUGCCCGGGGGAACUGCAGCUCGGUGCAGGAGAAAAGUAGCAGCACUGCAGACAUGCAGCAGCCGUGUCGUGUUGAAGACGGAGGUCCGAGUGACGCUCUCUCCUCGUCCAGUGAGCUGAUGGAUCUGCUGAUGCAGGAGGACUCGGGAUCGGCCACGUCUGCAUCCACAGGCUCCGCCUCCAACGGCUGCAACACCUCCAACAGCGGCGCAGGGAGCAGCAAAUAUUUCGGGAGCGUGGACUCUUCUGAGCAAGAGCACAAGGAGAAAAGGAAAGAAGACGGACAAAACUUCAAAUAUGUCCUCCAGGAUCCUCUCUGGCUGCUGAUGGCCAACACCGACCAGAACAUCAUGAUGACCUAUCAGGUGCCGUCACGGGACAUGGAGAAGGUGUUACGGGAAGAUCGAGAGCGUUUGCGGCAGCUGCAGAAGAACCAGCCACGUUUCACUUCAGAUCAGAGGCGAGAGCUCCGAGAGCAGCACCCGUGGAUGAGACGAGGUGGUUUACCUAAAGCCAUCAACGUCAAGGAGUGUCUGUACUGUGAGAACGAUGCCGGCGCUCCGUUAGAAGACGAUCUGCCUGAAAUGGAACUCGGCGUUCUGGGAGGAGAGGCGUUGGCAGAAGAGGGCGUGUCUCACGUACAGGAAGAGGAGGAGCAUGUCUUAUUAGACUGUGUUUCCUAGCAACUUCAAAAACGAAAACACGUAGCAUGCUUUCAGACAGAGGGAUCUUCCAGCUCAACACACACACACACUACACUGCCUAGACAGACUUUUUUUAUGCCAAAUAACUUCCCUUUACCUUUGAUCUGUGUGUGCGUGUGUGUGUGCGAGACACUCCUGAACGAGCAGAUCAGAUCAUUAACACUAACACACUGUGAUACGAGGAGUGAAACGUAUGUGUCAGAAUUUCUGUGACACCGAAUGAAACGUAUUUAUUUAUGAACUCUGGAGAGGAUUUAAAAUAAAAUAGUGCAGUGUGUAUUAACUAUACGCUGUGUUUAUUAUUCACGCCACAAAACUCCAACAUUUACACACAGGACCAGUUUUGUUUUAAAACAAAUCUAUGAUGAAAGUUGAAAACAAAAGACUUUGUUCAUCAUUUUAUUUCUGUUACUCUAUAAUUGUUGAGAUUUAGCGGUUUUUCAUCAGGACUGGGUUUAGGGUUUUUUACAUUCCUGUUUGUGAUGUUUGUUUUUAUUCCGUGUUUACGGUUAGCUUCAGUCGCAGGGAAAGACAGUCCGGUUAUUUAAACUCUGUACUGUGAAAGUGCUUUGACUGGGUCAGAUCCGUGGUUCUGAUCCGUGGUUCUGAUGAGCCAGCCGAUGAUCUCUUACUUCCUGUGUGCUUUUAGUAGUUUUGUGGUGUAAAGGAUGAAUAAUGAACGACAGAACGUGUGAGCGCUGUACUGUUUUAUUCAACUCACGUGACUGUUUAUUGUUUUUGUUCAUUAGAGUUUAUUUUCGUCUAAAGUGUGUGACAACAACGAUCAGAACAACGUCUUACACUGUGAACCUUUUUCUUCUUCGUUUCUUACUCGAGUAAAAAUGUGAUUUUC